AAGGUUGCCUUGGUGCACGGAAGGCCUCAGUGUCAGAGCAGCCCUAGGGCUUGCUCAGAGCAGGAGCACCCUGCGCCUUGAGGCAUUUGUCAGUGGGCAGCUGCACACUGACAGGAGCCUUGUUUGUUCUAGUGUUGGAGCACAGCGUGCAAACUUGCACAGCAGUGCUACAAUGAUUCAGCAGCUUGCUGCUGCAGUGGUUACUGUUUAUGGCGUUACUUAUUCCGGCUAUUUUCUGACUCACCUGGCACGUCACAUAAAACAUGUAUUCAGUGGAGCUGAUCCUGAGGAGACAAAUGCAAAAGCAAUCUCUCCCCUGGCUCCCUCUGCUCCUGGAGAAGAAGCCAAAGAGGAGCAAAGGGAGCAAGAUGACCACGAGACUCCAGCCGUGGUCACAGCCCAGCCUGAUCAUCCCAAGAGAGUCCUUGUAGAGAAAAAGCAGGAGCAGACUGCUUUAUCAGAGAUGCCAUGCCAGGCUCAGGGAGAGCUGUUCCCAGCCCGAGAGCAGGAAGAGCAGCUCAGGCAGCAGGUGGAAGAGCCACAGCAGAAUGGCCAGAACAUCAAGUCAGAGCCCCAGGCAGAGCUGCCCGAAGCUCAGAGUGCCAUCAUGGCAAUGAAGAGGAGGAACAAAGAUGAGAUGAGAAGAAUUCAAGAGGAGAUGAAUCGCCAUCAGCAUAGGAGCGAUCAACAAAACCAGGUAAGUGGAAGAGUGGCAGCCACUCCACUCAUGAAACUUCCUCUCCAUUGUUGUUUACAGACCAUCAAGGAAGAUGUGGAGGCAGAGCUGCAGGAAUCUGAGGACAGGAACAAGGCAAGGGAGAAGAGGCUGGAGGAAGAAAUGAAAAUCAUAAGAGAGAAACUUAACCGCCUCCCUCAGGCUCUACAAAAUCAAGUGCAAGUGUCGACAUCUCACCUGGCAGCCUGCAAAGACUUCCAGCAAACAACGGGCAAUGAAGGGCCCCAAGGUUGGUGUGAGGCACAGGAACUGUCCCCACCAGAAGUGCGACAGGUUCAGCACACCAUGGGCUCUGGCAUUAAACCUGCUGCUGCAGCAGCAUUACCUGGAGGAAGAUAUACUCUUGAAUCUUGGAAGUCAAGCUUGGACAGUUCGUUCAUCACCAGUUCUGAGAGCAGCAUGGCUGCUCCAAAAUGGAAGAUUGAGGAGAAAUAUCUGGAGAUACUGGGGAGAAUGGUGACCAUGGAAAAUCCCGCAAUGAAAUACAUGGAACUGGAACACAUUGGCAGCGGGUCUUUUGGAGAUGUGGUUAGAGCGCUCGACAAUGCCACGUGGGGAGAGGUGGCUAUAAAGAAAAUAAAGCUUCAAGGACUGAAAAGGAAGCAGCUAUGCAUUAAUGAAAUCAUGAUCAUGAAGAGGCAUAGGAGUCCCAGUGUUGUGAAUUAUUUAGACAGCUACCUUCUGGGUGAGGAACUCUGGCUGGUUAUGGAGUACAUGGACGGAGGCACCCUGAGCGAUGUCAUCAGCAAGAGCUACCUGUCUGAAGAGGAGAUGGCAGCCAUCAGUCGGGAGUGCCUGCAAGGACUGGAUUUUCUUCACUCCAACCAUGUGAUCCACCGAGAUGUGAAGAGCAGCAACAUCCUUCUCAGAACCGAUGGCUCUGUCAAGCUGGCUGAUUUUGGCCUCUCUACUCAACUCACCCCUGAGAAGAAUACACGGAGCGUGUUAGCAGGGACUGCUUGGUGGAUGGCGCCUGAAGUGGUGACGUGUCAACCAUAUGGCCCCAAAGUGGACAUAUGGUCUUUUGGAAUUGUGGGAAUUGAAAUGGUGGAACAAGAACCUCCUUACUGGAACCAGAGUCCUGCCUUGGCUAAAUUCAUGAUAGCCUCAAUAGGGACCCCACAGCUGCUGCAUCCCAAGCUCCUCUCGGCUUGGCUGCGUGACUUCCUGAGCUGCUGCCUGCAGGCAGACGAGGAGCGGCGCUGGUCUGCCAAGGAGCUCCUGCAGCAUCCAUUUGUGACAUCAUCCAAGCCAGCAUCCAUCCUGGUACCACUUAUCAUUGCAGUGGAGAAGAAGAAAAAGAAGAACUAGGUGACGAAAAUGUAACAAUAAUUUGAAGAUGUUAACUUCAUAAGAAAUAUAAAGUAGAAUUGUAGAUUUGGAUUGUAGAGUAGGAUUCUAGAGUAGAGCUGUUGAAGAGUUUUGUAAAGUAGGAUUAUAGAUUAGGAUUGGAAUUAAAUAAAGUUUUGGAAACAUGUA